ACUCAGAUCAUUCACACGUCUGUGGAAUUGUGAAAGAAGAAGAAGGGGGAAAAAAAAAGCAUGGGCUCUGAAAGGGGGGGAAUCAUUGAAUUGGACACUGACAGUCUCCCGUCGCCUCAGUAUCCCGCCGACUCCCACGCGGCUAGGAUCUUGAAGAUGAGUGACUCAGGCGGCGCCCCGUGGUGGGUGGUGGUGACGGGUGCCUCGCAGGGCUUCGGGGCGGCUAUCUGCACUGAGCUGGCCCCGCUGCUGCCCCCGGGCUCCCGGAUAUUGGGCCUGGCGCGCUCUCAGCAGGGCCUGGCCACCACGGCGGCCGCGGUCACCAAGGCCAAUUCUGCUGUCACGUUCAGCCCAGUAGUGAUGGACCUUUCAACAGCCACAACGCAGGACUUCGAGGCGACUCUUAAGAAGUACCUCGGGGCAGACCAGUCCACUCCGCCCUCCCAGGCCAUUAUCUUCCACAACGCCGGUUCCCUGGGCGCCCUCAAGUACCUCGGCGAGAUGGAUGACCCUACCUACCUUUCCUCCUACUUCAACCUCAACAUUGGCUCAGUGAUCCUGCUCAACGCUGCCUUCAUGAGACUCAUCUCGACGCUGCCCGGCAAAGUGACAAUCAAGGUCAUCCACGUCUCCUCCCUGUGUGCCGUGGAGCCCUUCAAGAGCUGGGGCCUCUACUGCACCGGCAAGGCUGGCAGGGAUAUGCUCUUCAGGGUCCUGGCUGCGGAGUACCCAGAUAUCAGGGUGCUUAACUAUGCUCCGGGGCCUCUGGAUACCAACAUGCAGGUCAAGGCUCGCACCCUCACCCGAGAUGAAGAACUCCGCAAACUUAUGUCGUCCAUGAAGGAGGAGGGCAAAUUGGUUCCCUGCGACGCCUCGGUCAAGAAGCUGCUGCAAAUCAUACAGAAGGAUGAAUUCAAAUCUGGCGAGCACAUUGAUUUCUUUGAGGUCUGACGUCGCUCUUGAUCUUAAUCUUGACAGUAUUGGUGGCAUGAUUUCUCCACAGAUUGCCAUUUAUAUCGACAUCGCUUGUAUCAAAAAGAAAAAACAAGAAAAGAAAAACGGCACCCAGCAAUCAAAAUUUAUUCUCUAUAUCUGGCAUAUCACAUUCUUGAUAUUGUCAAAGUUAUCUCUUGCCUCCCCACACAGUCCCGGCAGCCACACAAUUGAUAUUUUCCUUAUUUUCUCUAUCACUCCAUUUACUGGUGAGUUUGUGGAAUCUCUAGUAGAAGAGUCAACCAGUAUCCUCAUUCAUUCAUACCUUUUGCUGGCAAACUCUGGAACUCCCUUCCUGCUUCUGUAUUUCCUUCUUUAAGAGGGAAGGUUUCAAGACACUUAUCCUCUGAUUUUAGAUUAUUCUUUUGUACUUUUUUUCAGGGACUGGCACCUCAGUGGGCUUUUUUUUUCGUUCUUUCGUUGCUCUUGGCCAGUAUCCCUCUAACAUAAAAAAGUUAUCUUGCUUCGGAUUAGGAAUUAUUGUCAGUUGAGCCAGUUUCCUCCCUCCUUUCCUGCAGUGUUUGAUCUGUUCUCAGUGCUUCUAGUUUUGGCAUGCUCUAUCUACUCAUCUUUUGCACUGUAUGUGAGUGAAAGAAGACAAACAUUUAUUUUUUUUUACUUUUGCUCCCGGACUAGAGAUUAUUAUCAUUUGAACCAGCCUCUUCCUUCAUUCUCACCUAUCAUGUAGUCUGGUGUCGCCUGUGCUUCUCGUUCUGGCAUGUUGUAUCUACACAUCUCUUGUACUGUAUGCGAAUGAAAGAAGACGAACAGUUACCAUCGUGUGUUUCUACAAUCAUGAGGCUGGGUAAGACUUGAUAAACCCUGAAGCGAAGAACAGACUCAGUGAUGAUAAAAAAAAAAAAUAAAUAAAUAAAUAAAUAAGUAAAGGCUUCUUGGUGGCAUUCCUAGUGGUGACGUAUCUGGAUUUGUUGGGAAGGAAAGAAUGCAGAUGUGAAGAUAAAACUCGAUAAGAUAUCACGUGAGGUGGAAGGAGAGCGGUGGUGGUGGUGGUGGUGGUGAAGGGAGUGACCCUACUCAAAUAUCGCUUGUCUUGAGUCGCCCACAUUAUUAUUUCUCCUUCAUGUUGUUUCAUAUCGCCAUCCGAGAUUCCGUCACUUAACACCAAUGAUAAACUUACAGAUAACUACAGUAGCAAAAAAGCUGACAGACACGGGAGAUUUAUGACGAUUUUUGGUUUUGAUAAUUUUGACUCGCAGAAAAUUGAGUUUGGAGCAAGUUACGAUGAUAUUGUGAAUUAUAUAGAGAGAACUGUAGAGAUUAUGUGGAUGAAAGAGCUACUAAUAAAAUGUACAUCCAUG